AUGUGUCGUUAUCCUCUGGGAAUGACUAGUGGGCAGAUUCAGGAUGAAGACAUCUCAGCUUCCAGCCAGUGGUCCGACUCCACCGCUGCAAGAUUUGGAAGUGUCAUAAAACAUCAACUAAGCUCAUCGUCAUUUCCCUUCACCGCCUCCGUGCUGCUCCUCCCGCUCUCCUGCAGACUCGACUCUGACAACGGGGACGGAGAUGGAGCCUGGUGCCCUGACAUCGUGUCAGAGUCCGACGAACUCAAAGAGUAUCUCCAAGUGGACCUGCUCUCACUGCGCUUCAUCACCCUGGUGGGAACACAAGGUCGUCAUGCUGAUGGCAUGGGCAACGAGUUCGCCCGGAGGUACAGGAUCAAGUACAGCCGAGACGGCAGAAACUGGGUGGGCUGGCAGGAUCGGAGCGGAAGGCAGGUCAUCGAGGGCAACAGAAAUGCAUACGAUGUGGUCCUGAAGGACCUGGAGCCGCCCAUCGUGGCUCGUUUUGUGCGCUUCAUGCCCAUAACAGACCCAUCUAUGAUUGUGUGCAUGAGAGUGGAGCUCUACGGCUGUGAAUGGCUGGAUGGCCUGAUGUCCUACAGCAUUCCAGACGGACACCAGAUGAUCUACAGAGGCCUGGACGUCUUCUUUAAUGACUCUGUGUACGAUGGAGCAGCAGGUGAACGGCUCGCGAAGGGCCUGGGCCAGCUGACGGACGGCACCUUGGGUCUGGAUGAUUUUCUCCACAGCCACGUCCACGGUGUGUGGCCUGGAUAUGAUUAUGUGGGAUGGAGCAACAAGACUUUCCCCAAAGGUUACGUCGAGAUGAUCUUCGAAUUCGACCGCAUCCGGAACUUCACGACCAUGAAGGUUCACUGUAACAACAUGUUCAGCCGUGGGGUGAGGCUCUUUAGACAGGUCACGUGUUUCUUCAGGUCCGGGUCUGAGUGGGACGCUGACCCGGUGACCUUCAGGCCGGCUCUAGAACACCUAAGCCAAAGAGCACAUUUAGUCUCGGUACCCCUCGGGGAUCACACAGCCAGGACCAUCAGGUGUCGGUUUCACUUCGGAGGCCAGUGGAUGCUCUUCAGCGAGGUGACCUUCCAGUCAGGUUCUGCAGUUUACAACACAUCCCUAACCUCACGCAAGCAUGGACUCACAAACACACAAGAAGAUCCCACUCACAAAGUCGAUGACAGCAAAACGAGGAUCCUGAUUGGCUGCCUGGUGGCCAUCAUAGCCAUCCUAGCAACCAUCAUCUUCAUCAUUAUGUGGCGGCAGGUCUGGCAAAAGAUGCUGGAGAAGGCCUCCCGUCGUUUACUGGAUGAAGAGCUCACAGCACGUCUCGCCAUCCAGACCCAAGCCUUUUCCUUCCACCACUCCUUUCAGUCCAGUGAGAACAGCUCCACCUCCACCUACGAGAGAAUCUACCCCCUCCAAGCCGACUACCAGGAGCCUUCCAACCUCAUCCGGAAGCUGCCCGAGUUCUCUCAGUCCACGGAGCACCUCGAACCUGGAGCCUCCUGCAAAGCAGCCAGUGGCUCAGACGCUGCUCCUCACUAUGCAGAGGCUGACAUCAUCAGCCUGCAGGAGUCUUCAGACAGCGGCACGUUCUCCAUCACAACGUUCAGCACGAAUCUACUUGCUGGAUCAGAAUCAUUCCUGAGGGAGUUUCCAAGAGAGAAGCUCACGUUCAAGGAGAAAUUGGGAGAGGGCCAGUUUGGAGAGGUACACUUAUGUGAGGCAGAGGGCAUGAAGGACUUUUUGGAUGAAGAUUUGUCUGUUGAAGCUACUGGUGAGUCGCCUCUGCUCGUGGCUGUGAAAACACUGCGUGAAGAUGCAAAAAAGAACGCCAGAAAUGACUUCCUGAAGGAGAUCCGAAUCAUGUCUCGUCUGAGGGACCCCAACAUCGUACGCCUACUGGCUGUUUGUGUGGACAAGGAGCCGCUGUGCAUGAUCACAGAGUACAUGGAAAAUGGAGACUUGAAUCAGUUCCUGUGCAGUCUCAGACUACAGACCAGUGAUGGAGACCAGAUGGAAGCAGAGCAGCGGCAGGACGUGGCCAGUUACUCUCAAAUGAUCGCCAUGGCAGCACAGAUUGCAUCAGGUAUGAAGUACCUGUCCUCUCUCAACUUCGUUCACCGUGAUUUAGCCACCCGGAACUGCCUGGUUGGAAAGAACCACACCAUAAAGAUAGCAGAUUUUGGAAUGAGCCGGAACCUCUACAGGGGGGACUACUUCCGGAUUCAGGGCAGGGCGGUGCUGCCCAUCCGCUGGAUGUCAUGGGAGAGCAUCCUCCUGGGUAAGUUCACCAUGGCCAGUGACGUGUGGGCGUUUGGAGUGACUCUGUGGGAAAUCCUGACUCUGUGUAAGCAGCAGCCGUACUCCCACCUCUCUGACGAACAGGUCAUCGAAAACACAGGCGAGUUUUUCCGGGACCAGGGCAAGCAGGUGUACCUGCCUCAGCCUCCCUGUUGUCCUGACGGAGUCUACAACAACCUGAUGCUGAGCUGCUGGAGGAGAAACGCCAAGGAGCGGCCGAGCUUCCAGCAGAUACAGACUCAGCUGAAGGAGAGCGUAGCAUAGUAGAUGGAACAGAUGUAAAUCAGAAAACUCUAAUUCAACAAUAUCUGUGUAACAGUUAUCAUAUUCAUCAGAUAUUCCCAGGAACCCAAAAGUUCAAAAUAAUCAAAUAUAUUGAGUAGAUAAAACUCAUAAUUAAAAAAUUGUUUUUAGAACUCAAAUGUGUUGAGCUUGUUCAACUUUUUCCUUGUUUUAAGUACAUUGAACUCAAACUUUUUAAUUAAUGAACUAUUUCUUUUAUAAGUAAGCAUAACUUAAAUUAAUCAAUAAAGGACAACUUAACUUUAAUGAGUAACGUUAACCACAAAAUGAUUGAUGUAUUAUUUUAUGUUUCUAUAUUAUUCAAUUCUUCUUGACAUCAACCCUAAAUUGUGUCUGAUAAACAGACUUGUAUAUUAUUUUACAUAUUUGUGGAUUUACAAGAAAAACAACCACAAACUAGCAAUUUUGUUGGACUUCAGGAACAAUAAACAACUGGCGGGGGAGGUGCAUUGUGUGUAGUCAUGUUUUCAGUUAUUUUGCUCUAUUUGGGGGUGUUUAUGCAUGUUUAUUGUAUACAGGAUUGUUGUUCUCAGUUAUUAUUUCAUUCAGUGUUGCGGAUGUGGUGUUACUUUUUGUAUCAUGUUGGCACCAUAAGUGAGGAGGUUGGUCAAAGUAAUGCUGUAUGGCUGUGCUGUCCCAUUGUUAAUAAUACUGUGGUUGUUCACACCAGUUGCUCUUGACUUGACUUUGAGUGUUCCUCUUUCAUUGGCUGUUAGCAUUUAUGGGUGUGUGAGUCACGAUCUGGUGCUAGUUACUGCCUUCACCAGCCUGCCACAUUGUCACUUUUAAGUAAAUUCAACUUAUUUGGGUCAGGUUUUAUUAGGUCCAUUGAGAGUUCAUAUAAGUUAUAAUAUUUAAGUUAGUAAAAACAUGUAAUAAAGUUAAAAUAAAAUGAAAUAUGCAAGUUUAGUUAAAUUAAACUUUAUAAGUUGUACCAAGUUAUAGGUUGGGUUGGGUAGUUAAAUGCUUUGAUUUUAUUCAGGUCAUAUUUUUAAGUUAUGGUAAACUUACCGUUUUUAGAUAAGUUAACUUAAAAAUUAUUAGGUAAUCAGUUUCCUCAUAAAUUUUGAGUUCAGUGAACUUAUUCGGGGUUACAGUGUAAAAGCUGUUUUCAAGUUAAAGUAAGUAAAAGUGUUCUUUUUACUUAAAUUUUGGCUGGGCAAAAAGGGCUGACAUUUUUCUUUUUUCAGCAGAAAGUUUUUCUAGAUGUUUACCAAAGUUUUCAGCUUUCCGUCAGUAACCAUCAUCGCGCGAGACAACAUUUAUUUAGUCUCAGAAGUUGUGCUCCUGACUUUUGCCCAACCUGGUUUCACUUGAGUAAGUGUUCAUUUUAGCUUUCGCACAGAAAACAACUCUAACAGAGUUCAGCUUUGUCAUGGGAACAAAGAAAACAUCUAAGAGCUCUCUGAGUGGAAAAUGGAGUCCACUCAACCACGUACUCAGGUGGAGACGGGUAGAACAAAAUCCAGAACCAGGGUUUUCAGAUUCUGUCUCAAAAUCCCUUCAACAGAAAGUGUUCUGAUUAAAAUCCCCCAGAUAAGGAACAACCUUUAGGCGUUUCUUCAUUAGUUUAAUGUUUUGUGGGAGUUUUCAUACAUUUAGGAUAACGGAUUGUUAAAUCAGGAUCCAGGUUUGAGGACAGCCUCAUAAAUUGAUGUGUUGAUAGCUUUUUCUGAGAAAAAAAAAGUUUUUUUCUGGGUUUUUAGUAGUCACAACUGAGCUGUGAAUAAUGCAUCUUUAAUAAGAAUACACUGUUAUCUUGAAUAUAGCUUUGUACAGUAGAUAAGUUAUUAUUUACGAACUGCAUCCAUGUGUAUGUGUACUUCCUAUUCCAUUAUCUUCCUGUGUUCUUUCUGUUUAAUAUGUGUUCUCAUCAUUCCUCUGUGUAUGUAUUCUUUUGCAGUUUCAUUCCAAAAGCCUGUUUUCAACUUUAUGUUUAUGCUCUUAUUUUACUGUUACGACAAAUGACAUUCCUGAUGAAGGUCUGUUGCCCGAAAGCUUGAAUAAAUACUACAUUUUCGCAGA